AGGGGCUCUCAGCAUGGGUUUUGUGUGCGAUCUGGCUGUGCCAUUGCCCCAGUGCUGAGCCAGGUCAGUCUUUAGUCCGGGACCGGGCGCGACGAGGGCUCAUAGACAUGGCAGUGACCUUGUGGUGUUACCGCUCCAAGCUCAGAAUCUCCCUCCUCAAGCUCCACAAUUAUGGCUGCUACUGUGGAACUGGGGGCUCCAGCAGGCCUGUGGACCAGGUGGACCACUGCUGCUUCCUGCAUGACUGCUGCUACUACCAUACCAGGGUGACCCUUGGCUGCCACAGCCACGUCAAGUGGGGUCUGUACAACUACACAUGUCAGAAAGCACAGACAGAGUGCAAGGGGCAGACUGUGUGCAACAGGAUGUCAUGCGAGUGUGACCGGGCUUUUGCAGAGUGUUUGUCGCGGGCGAAGCCAAAUGAUCUGCACUACUUCUACAAGGCCAGGUUCUGCAAGGAGAACAAAUCUGUUUGCCCGGACAUCUUUCCCAACUCCUCAACUAUCGUGGACUGGAUUAAACAAGGCAUCUAAGUCUAAGGCAACUCCAGCUCCUGGAUGCAUUGCUUGUUCAAACCAGCCUGUUGCAUCAGGUCCACAAUGAAGUGACUGUUUCAGUGGUCGCAGAGGUGACACAGGGAAGAGCACUCAGUAAGGUGACCGAGCGUGCAGACACUGACAGUGCCUACAAGGCAUCAUUUUAUACAAGAUACAGAUUUUAGUAGCCAUGGAACACUGUAUUACUGCACAAUUUUCAGCUUCUGUAAUUUGUAUUAACAUACAGUGUAUCAGUCUCAAAGUUGGUGCUGAGAUGAAGCAAUAGUUGGUAUUAGAAUGCAUUAAAUACAUCAUG